AUGGCGGCUGCAGCUACAGCAGAACCGUCCACUACAGCUGCUGACAAGCUAUCCUUUGUGCCAUCAAAAAGUGUGACGUUCAUGCCAAAUACGUCAAAACAGAUGGCUGAAAUGGCAAUCACUAACGAGUCAGAUAAAAAUGUUAUGUUUAAAAUGAAAAGUACAAGACCAGGCAUGUUUAAGAUGCGACCAGUUUACGGAGUAAUACCUCCCAAUGGUAAGAAGCUUCUCGAAGGCGAGGUAGGAAAAAGAAAAUUCAGAAUACUGUUCUUUGGUAUUAAUGAUAAAGAGGAGGAAGAGGAGGAAGCGAAGGAGGCCGAGAGGAAGGCAGAAGAGAUGAAGAAAGAUAAAGAUGGAAAGGGAGGAGAAAAGGAAAUUAUCGAAAGGGUGAAGGAAAAGAUUGUGAUACAGAAGGAAGUGGUUCAAGCUCCUCAGAAGAAAUUGGUCAUGGUGAUGUAUCGUGACCCGAAAGCACCAGAAUCAUCCAGUGCUGACGAAGAAGAAGGAGACGAGACAGAUGCCACCUUGAUACCACAACCUGAACAACAGAAAGGUGCUUCUAAGCCACCAUCGACAGGUACUCAGCCAGCAUCGAAGAGUUCUCAGCCACCGCCGGCAGGUGCUCAGCCAGCAGCGAAGAGUGCUCCAUCGAAAGGAGCUCAGCCACCAUCGAAAGCAUCUCAGCCACCGUCGAAAGCAUCUCAGCCAUCUCCAGCAAAACAAUCUCCUGCUACCCAACCUUCUCCAUCACAAGCUCCUGCCAAGAGUGGUACCACUCCAUCUGCUGGUCCUGCUAAGAGUGCUCCUGCUCCAGGUGCUGCUCCAGCUGCUGCUCCAGCUGCUGGUCAGAAAAAAGUAGAGGAUGAUCUUGCCGGUUUGAAGACUUGUCGCAUGAAUGUAAACUUCCAACAACGGCCAGCAGAACCAGCUCCCAAAAAGUGA